UCCAUACAUGUAAAUUUUUUCCUUUGAUAUGUCUAGAAUAUCAUCAACCUUUGGCAAACAAGCAAGUUUAAAGUCGUCACCGAAACACACUGGAGGUUUGUAAGCUUGAUAUUAUACAGAAAAAGGAUUCACCAUCCUCUGUAUGUUCGCAAUCAUUGCAUUUCAACACUGACAGCUGAUCUGCACUUUUGACAUUAGGUACAUAACAUAGUUUUGUGUGUCUGCAGCAAAAGAUGUUAUAGAAUAUAUGGUACAGUUGAUUGAAAGGCUAUCAAACAUACAUUGUAGAAACACGAUUUUUUUUUCUUGGUGUCAGGAAGGAACAGUGUUGUGCAUGUUGUACAUGAAGGUACAUAUUUGGCACAAAGCACAUUUCUGAAACAUUUGCUUGCUUGACUACUAUCUGUGACCUAAUUAAACAUGACUGAGCGAGGGAGAAUAAGUGAGCCAAUUGGUUCACAGAGUCCUGAUGUGAUUGAAUGGAGCAGGUCACUCCGAAGUCCCUCACCAUCUCGUCAAAAUUUGAGAUCUCGUAGUCCCUCACCAUCUCGACUCACCAGUGCUCGCUCUCUUACGUCUAAGAAAGGUUCCUAUCUGACUGAUGUCCAGCACUCAGUUCCAACCAUGUCCAGCAAGAAAGCCCAGAAAACUAAUAAUAACCUCAGAAAGAGUACUGGUUCCCUGGCUGCUACCCUGGGAGGGUCCGGAAGCUUGAAGACACAGAGAAGUACAAUGCUGGAGAAUGUGGAAGGGGAGUACAUCAAAAAUCUCCAGCAGCAAAUCUACUUCUUAGAACUGGAAUCAAACUAUUUAAGAGAACAGCUGAAAAAAGCCACAGAAAUGCAUCCUAAGAUGACUGCAGAGGCAGAGAGAAUGCUGACAAAACUCAGGUCCAUGCAGCUGGAGAUUGAUGAUCUACAGCUGGAGGUCAAAAGAAAAGAAACAGAUAUAGCUUUAUUGAAAACAGAGAAAGAGAAAAUCAUGGAGAGACUGGCAGAUGAAGAAGCUUCCAGGACACGGGACAAGAGAAUGUUGAUGGAUGAGAUUGUCCAGCUAAAGAAGGACAAAGAUGUAAUGGAGCGUGAAAUUGCUAAGCGAGAUGCACAGCUGAUGGAUGCUAAAUCAGAACUGGACAAAAGCUCUACAGCACUGAAAAAUGCAGAACUCAAAAUUGACACUCUAAGAACUCAGCUAGAACAACGAAUUGAGGCCCACAACUUAGCUCAGAUCGCCUUGGAUGAGAAGCGCUCCGAGCUGCUAAGUAUGGAGACUCAAAUGAAAGAAGUGGAGGAUAAGUAUUAUAACCAGACACUACAACUACAGGACAAGGUCGCCAGUGAUCUCAAGGAAGAGAUCCAACUUCUGAGACAAAAGUUUAAAGAGACAGAAAUGGCAGCUGACCAAGACCGAUUCCUGAAAGUCAAGCUUACAGAAGACAGUACCAAUCUUGCCAGAGAAAAUGCAGCACUGAACCAGCAGAUGAUUGACUUAAAGAAACAGUUAGAAAGAGAGAAGGCUUACAGAGAGGCCACAGAAUCUCGUCAGAAUCAGAGCAUUUCAGAGUACGUCCAGAUCAAAGACAGGGAGAAAGAGGUUCGCUUUGAGUUGCAACAUACACAGGAACUAUUGAAAAAAGAACAAGAAAAAUCCCGGAACCUUCUAGAUCAGCUGACAAAGUAUGAAUCUCUAGCGACAACACGUGAGUUAGAGGUGAAUACUAGUAGGAGUCGAGUGGUGGAGCUUGAGAGCUUACAUAGCAGUGUGGACAAGGAGAACAUGCAGCUACGCAAAGAUAAAGUACUACUGGUGGACCAUGUGUCUGAGCUACAGAGGAAGCUUGAGCAGAAAGACAAAGAGAUAGUUCUGUUGAGGACACAGGUGCAAACUAUGGAGGUCAAACUCAAGGACCUUGAGCAUCUGAAGACACUGGAGUCCACGGUCCAGAGUCAAAAGUGGGAGGAGUUUGAGAAGCUGGCCGAGAACAUGAGGACCCUGUCCCACUCAAUGGCCCACUCCCCCUCUGUGUCCACGUCCCGGGUCAUGCAGUACUGAGGUAUCAGGGUCACAAAUGUUGUUAUGCAGUUAAAGGUCUAGUAGGAAUGAUGUAGGUUGUAUUGUUGGUUGUUUAAAGAGAAUCUGAAGAAUUACAAGUACUAAUUAUAAUUAAUAAGCAUGAUAUUUAUGAAAGUAAAAUAAUACAUUUAGUUAUUAAGACUGCUUUAAGUAAGAUUUUAUUGAAAAUAACCAAUUUCUUGUUAAAAACAGAAGUCAUGUGAUGAAAAGUUUUAUCGCUGUACAAAGGUGAAUUUAUAAUGUUGAACUUUUAUUUAUGAACAUUUUUUUAUACAUGAUGAAAUGUUAAACAAGACAUUACUUAUGUACAUUUUUCUGGGAAAUUAUAAAUGUUUUAGUUCAGAAAAAUUGUACUUCACAUUUUAAAGACAUGCCUUGACAAGCUAAAUUUAGUAGAAGAUUGUAUACAAGUAUAAUUUAUAUUAAAAGCUUUUCACAUUUGCAUAGAAUUCAAAUGAUCCAGUACCCCCAUUCAAUGGACAAUACAUAUACACCUUACGUUUGAAAUAAGUUACAUCUAUUUUUAUGAGGGAACAAAGGUUUCUGGUAGGUAGCUUUUUUAAAAAAAUAUAUUUUAAGAGAUAUGAUUUUGUUUAAAACAUAUAUUACAUAGGAGCAAAUGUAGUAUUACAAUUCUGUAAUUAUAACCUUUUCAUACAGAGUGUAUAAUUAGAAUAGAAUACAAUAUUUUUAACAGAUUAGUUCUAUAUGAUUAAAUUUAUUCUGUACGAGUAUAAUUUUAAGAAUUUCUUUAAUAUAUUGAGAAUUUGCAUUAGUAAUUAAAAAAAAACUAAGACCAUAUACCAGUACACCAAUAUUGAUUCAUUAUAAAUGCUUUUUUAACAUCUUUUGCACUGCCAAGGGUAUGAACGAAGGUAUUGAGAGCAGACAUGUCUUCAAUUUGCUUCUUCUUUUCUGUAAGAAUUAUUUUGGCACAUUCCAUUAAGUGAAUGAAAGUUGAUUUAAAGUAACGAGCCUAAUUAUAACUGCUAUUAAUUGUUAAUUUAGAGUAUUAUAAUUAUUUUAGUUACUGUGAUAUUAAUUAACGUUUUAUUUCUGUGAUAAUCUCACUAUUCUGUGAAGUAAUUAAUCCAUCCAGGUUUUACUUAUGUCCUCUGUAUAUCUUUUAUUUAUUGCUAUGAGAGUAUGUAUGGGAAGACAGAAAUAAACAUCUGAAAUCAAAUUA